UGGGUAACGUCAGGCUCCUCUGCAGACAUGGAAGAAGAGACUCCACUGCUGAACAGAAGACCAACGUCGACUAAAUCCAAGAUCAAUAACUCCAAACUGUUCCUGGCCGUCUUCUCUGCUGUCCUGGGGAACUUCAGCUUCGGUUACUCCCUGGUCUACACGUCCCCGGUCCUGCCACAGCUCGUGGGCUCCGAUGCGGACCCUCGGCUCAGGAUGGGCACGGAGCAGGCCGCCUGGUUCGGCUCCAUCUACACGCUGGGCGCAGCGGCCGGCGGGCUCGGGGCCAUGCUGCUCAACGACAUGAUUGGACGCAAGCUGAGCAUCAUGAUGUCAGCGGUGCCGUCGACUAUUGGAUACAUGCUGUUGGGGGGGGCUGUCGACAUAUGGAUGCUCCUUGUGGGCCGUUUCCUCACAGGCGUUGCGGGGGGGAUGACAGCAGCAUCCAUUCCUGUUUACAUCUCAGAGAUCUCCCACAAAGCAGUGAGAGGAGCUUUGGGCUCCUGCCCUCAGAUCACUGCUGUGUUCGGGGCGCUGGCGCUUUACGUCAUGGGUCCGGUGGUGCCGUGGCGGUGGCUGGCAGUAGCGGGGGAGGUGCCAGCUGUGUUGAUGGUUGUGCUGCUGGUGUUCAUGCCCAGCUCCCCCAGGAGGCUCCUCGCUCUGGGCAGAGAGCAGCAGGCUGAGAGGGCCCUCCGCUGGCUGAGGGGGAAACACUACGACACGCACAUCGAGCUCAGCGCCAUACAGCACAGCAUCAACACGCAGGGUAAAGUCACAUGGUCGCAGCUGGCCACACCCAUCUUCUACAAACCAAUCCUCAUCUCAGUGGUGAUGCGUUUCCUGCAGCAGAUGACGGGCAUCACGCCAAUCCUGGUCUUCCUGGAGACCAUCUUCUCCAAAAGCACCAUCUCCCUGCCGCCCAGUUAUGCCGCUUCCAUUGUGGGUGCGGUCCGCCUCUUUUCCGUUGCUGUGGCAGCCAGUUUAAUGGACAAGGCGGGACGCAAAGCCCUGCUGUACAUGUCGAGUCUGCUGAUGUUCCUGUCCUCUCUGACUCUGACCAUGAUCUCCCACACCUCAGCUUUCCCUCCAGGCCCCGCCCCUCCUAAUCUCACCAUGAGUUUGGACUACAGCUCCCACAAUGCCAUUGGAAACACUUUGGAUGCCGGCCCCCCAACUGCAGCAGCCCUCAUCCCUCUCAUCAGCACCAUGGUGUUCAUAUUUGGAUACGCCCUGGGAUGGGGCCCAAUCACGUGGCUGCUGAUGUCAGAGGUGUUGCCGCUGGUUGCCAGGGGUGUGGCCUCGGGUCUGUGCGUGACUGUCAGCUGGCUGACGGCCUUCAUGAUCACGCACGCCUUCACGCACCUGGUGGAUAGGUACGGCCUGUACGUGCCCUACCUGUGUUUCACGGUGGUGUGUGUGCUCUGUCUGCUGUUCACCGCCGUGUGCAUCCCAGAGACUCGCGGACGCUCACUGGAAGAGAUCGAGAACUAUUUCAGGACGGGGCGAACGUUCACCAUCAACAGGAGUCAGUCCAUCGCACAGUCAAACUGAAGAUCCCUUUGAUCAAAAAGGAGUUACUGCCAUGAUAUAUACCUCUGAAACAAGGCUACUGCACAGUGUUUAUUUUUUAUAAAUAUGUAAUAAUCAAUAUUAAAGGUCUAAGGUGUAUGUACAGCAAUCAGAGGACAGGACAACUAGAAUAAUGACUGACUCACAGAAGGACCACUGAUUGUAAAAAGCAAUUAACAAUAGGUCAAGAAGUAGGUAAUAAUCAUGUCACGUUAAUG